CCGCCUGUGUAAACAGCCGCUCUCAGGUGUUUUAAACUCAGAAAGUGUCCAUCAAUGAUUCACUCUGUUGAAGUGAACCUUCUUCAUACUGACUGACUGUGUUAGAGAUCCGACCUGAGAUCAGCCUCAGUCCUGAACCCGAACAAGUGUCUGCACACAGUGGGAGUGGAAUGGCAGACUGUAAUAUACGGUCACCAUCCUCCUCGUCUCAAGAAGAUGUUAACCUGGGACCUUCAGCGAACCCUCAUGCCAGGCCCACUGACUUUGACUUCCUGACUGUCAUUGGCAAGGGGACCUUUGGAAAGGUGCUGCUCGCCAAGCUCAAAGCCGACAGCAAAUUCUACGCCGUCAAAGUGCUGCAGAAGAAGGUCAUCCUGAAGAAAAAAGAGCAAAAGAACAUCAUGGCCGAGAGAAAUGUGCUGCUGAAGAGUCUCCAACAUCCCUUUCUGGUUCGGCUCCACUACUCCUUCCAGACACCUGAGAAACUUUACUUUGUCCUUGACUAUGUCAACGGGGGAGAGUUGUUCUUCCACCUGCAGAGAGAGAGAUGUUUCUCUGAGGCCCGAGCGAGGUUCUACGCCGCGGAAGUAGCGAGCGCCAUCGGAUACCUUCAUUCUCUCAACAUCGUUUACAGAGAUCUGAAACCAGAGAAUAUUCUUCUUGACUCUCAGGGCCAUGUGGUACUGACAGAUUUUGGGCUGUGUAAAGAAGGUGUGGAGCCUGAGGGAACGACCUCGACUUUCUGUGGGACUCCAGAAUACUUGGCUCCAGAGGUUCUUCGUAAGGAACCCUAUGACAGGACAGUGGACUGGUGGUGUCUGGGAGCAGUUCUCUAUGAGAUGAUCUACAGUCUGCCUCCGUUCUACAGCCGUGACGUCAAUGAAAUGUACGAAGGAAUCCUCCACAGGAAGCUGUCUCUGCCUCAGGGGAAGUCUGAGGCCGUGUGCUCUCUGCUGGUGGGUCUCCUGCAGAAGGACCAGCACCGACGCCUUGGGGCCAUCGCUGACUUUUUAGAAAUAAAGAACCACACCUUCUUCGCUCCAAUCAACUGGGACGACCUCGACCACAAGAGAAUCACUCCUCCCUACAACCCCAAUGUGAGAGGUCCAGCUGACACUCAACACAUUGAUCCAGAGUUCACCAGAGAGAUGGUUCCCAGCUCGGUGGGUCGGACGCCGGAGCUCAACGCCGGCACCAGCUGCAACAACGCCUUCAACGGCUUCUCCUUUGUCGGCAACGAUGACAGUUUCCUGUGAGACGUUUGGGUUAUAGUCUCCUGGAAACAAGAGCUCCUCACACACCGUGGUACCCACCGUGUAUUUAUCAUGUUUGACCUCUGUGGAAAUUUCCAAAUAGUUUCUCUUGAGGUUGUAGAAAAAAGGGGCCUUUUAUAAAAACCAAAUGUCUGCGAUGAGGUGUUUUUUUAGGUUCAAAGACAGCAGUCAACAAAUUAAAGGAAGAAUCUAUAUAAAUUACCUUGCUAACUUGUUUGGCCACCAUGAGGCGCCAGAACAAGUUUGGUGUACGUUGAUUCUACAAGUCUCUGGAUGGAUUGGUCCCUAUUUUUUCUAAAAUACAUUCCCUCAUUUGGUCCGGAUGUUGAUGGUGGAGAGAGCAGUCUAAGUGAGACCAGUCAGGAUGAGACCAGGUGACACAGCAUCUGAUUCAGAUCAUGUUCAUGCCUGUGCUCUAUGAAAACUUGUCGUUCUCUUUCUCUACCAGUUUUUCAGGGUUUUCCUUUAAUUUGUCGCCCGUCUGCUUGAUUUUUAUCAGGGUAUAGCCCUGGCCUGCCCUUAGAGAAGGUUGUGGGGGAUCUUACCAAAUACACAGGGCUCAUAAGAUGUGGGAGCAACUUUACAUUAGUUUGCAAUGGAAUGAAGAACAUGUUAAAAGUUUGUUGCACACAUCUGUCUAGAGGGGGUGUAAAAGCACAACCCUUGUCUUCCAGUGUCCUUUAAAACUGAAAUUGAGAUCCAGAAAACCUAAAGAAAUGUAUUACAUUUUGUUUAAAAUGAUCUGGAGACAGUUUAUAAAAAUGUACCUUUUAAAUCGUUUUUUAACAUCAGAUAUCAGUGUGAAGUUUUUGCCAGAUUGUUCAGCACUCUAUUGGCUUUGACCUGAUUUUGCACCGUUUUGCAGGAUUAGAUUUCUCAGGGAAACUAUUGCUUCACUCUGUGACACAAGGACAGAAUGUUGUGCCGCACAAACUUCCCAUGCUUCCUUUUCAUUUGUUUUUCUUACUACAUAAAACAAUACAUACAACAGAAAAGAAAAAAACUCCAAUGGUAAGAAGCAGGUGAUGAAAAAAUUGAUUCAACUGGGUUUUCUUCUUCCUUAUAAACCUGAAGAAAAUAUUUGAUCAAAGAAACAAAGGAGAUGGGGGAAAAAAACAGUACAUGAUGUAAAUUAUGUUGUUUAUUUGGUUUAUGUGAAUUGUGCUUUUAUUUCAAUGCUGGACAUUUUUCAUAAUUGUUUUUCUGGACAUUAUUAUAAACAGUGACAGUUUUAUUUCAUGAAAUGUAACAGGCUACAUCUUAGAUUAUAUAUAAAGAUGGACGAUGUAUUCCCACUUCCUCCAUAUAUCACAGAUACAAAGGCUGCCAUAUUCUGCAUCGCAUGCUGCUGGAAAAAUGAACACAGAGAGAAACCAUAUCUGAGAUAUUUUUAUUUUACGUGUAUUUUGACUUUACCUUUGUUCCACUAACAUGGGAGGCAGGAUUUAUGACCCUUUGGCUUCACUUUUAGGGAGCUGUCAUGUCAUCCAUCUUUAAGUACAGUCUGUGGGCUAAAACUGUUUGUGUCGUUGUGAAAAUACUGUAUCUAACAUCUGUAAAUAUACAGUAGCAAUAGGAUUAUGUUCUGCAUCCAUGGGAUUUUAUCAGUGUAAACCAUGAAGUGCCUCUCCGCCUUAUUAGAGAUGGAUGGUGUUUGAUGUUGGCAGUGGCGGCUGACAGUUAGAAAAUAUACCUGUGAUGUCCUUGAGUUUGAUUUUUUAUUGUCUUUCAUAUACACAUGCAGUCUUGUUAAUGCAUCUGAUAUUAAAGAAGCAGCAAUUUCAGAUGAAAGCCUGUUACUAUUCAUCUCCUCGAAAGUUUUAAUUUCUCAGAACACUUGAUCAGAUGCUUUUCUAUGAAACUAAAUACACUAACAGGGACAACACAAAGUAUUUCCUCAGACAACGGCUUUAAAUGAAUGAAUGAAAUGUUGGGACAGGAGAGAAAUGCUUCUCUGACUCUGCUUGUUCACUGUUUGCCUUCUAAAAAUGUAACCCUGCGUGAGAAGCUGUCACUCCCGACUGAUCCUGUAAACACAGAGCUGUCACGCUGCCAGCAGAAGCAGCAUUAUGGGCUGAUGACUGCAGAACAAAAAUCCAUAUGUGUGUGGGUGUGUACAUAGUAAACAUGUUAAUAAAUCAAACAGAUGUCCAAA